AUGCUUGCGGGUAAAGGCUCAAGGACAGUCAUUGUCAUGUGGGUGAUGACUGGGCUGGCGUUUAUCUUCGUUCCCCUGCGGCUUUAUACCAGAAUUCGUGUCCUGAAAGCCCUAGGAUCAGACGACCAUGUGUUUAACUUAGCUUGGUUAUGUUUGUUUCUCUACACCCUCUUUCUCACCAUCGCUGGCGUGCACGGCUUCGGGCAACCCAUUACCACACUUACAAUGGACGAGGCAGUCAAGGCUAUAUAUACCGAGAUGAUCGGUCAGACUUUCGCCGUGCUGGGCAUGGCUAUUGCCAAAGUCUCCCUUGGCAUCUUCCUUCUUCGCAUCGUGGUGGUCAAAUGGCACCGGGUGACGAUUUGGAUAUCGAUCGUCAGUCUGUCCAUAGUGUCAGUCAUGACUGCUAUCAUUUUCUGGACCCAACGCAUUCCGUCCACGUCCAUAUAUGACCCGCGCGUUCCGGGCCGCACUGUUGUGCGUGUUACCCCAUUCUCGAUUCUUCUCGGAUCUUGGUGCGCCGCCGUGGACUUCUAUUUCGCCAUACUGCCCUGGAUUUUCAUCUGGAAACUACAGAUGAAGUUCAAAGAAAAGAUGAUCAUUGCGUCCAGCUUGAGCCUUGGCUUCAUAGCUGGAAUAUGCGGUGUCAUUCGAACCAUCGAGCUAGGAGGCUUGUCCAGCGCCAACUACACAGGUACAGUUGCUCCCAACACCCUGCUUGAUUGA